AUGGGCAUGGAUCCGCCGCCUCGUCGCCUUGCGGAGUCAAGGUUGUCUUCUACCUCAGCCCAACUCGAGCCGAAUGAUCUCUCGAUGCCCAUGGUCACGGAGAACGAGCGGGGACUAUUGGGAGCCUCAACGGAUGCGGGGAGCCUGAUCGUAGACCGACAGGGGCAGCGGUGCGAAAAUCCAGGAUGGGUAAUCGUCUGCCCGGACCGCAUGCGCCUGGCCACCUUCUAUGACUUCUGGCGCCGCCACCCAAACGAGUACGAGGACGAGUACGAGGACGAGUGCUAUAUUGUCAGUUCCGAGCCGGAGGAACCGGAACCCUGCACCGACGACGUCGAUUCGGACGCGACUCUGCCGACCAUGACGAUGCCGUACAAGGAAAAGUACACGACCCCUCCGGGUUCCGAUAGGCAACUCUGCCUAGACAACAGAGAGCUGAUGAACAGCAUGUGCAAAGGGAUUACGGAAGCGCGGAAAUGCAUCUCGACCAGAAUGAAGCUCACAUAUCGGCCCGACCUAUUCAGUACAAACAGACCGAAAAUGUGCCCCGACGGUUUCUGUGACGAGGCGAAUGUGCCAUGCCCCCCGGGCGACUCAUCGGGACCGUGUAACCCUUACGCCCACUUUGUAGACAUCCCGAGCGGAAGAGCGGGCGUUAAGUGGACCCAGACCUGUGACGAAUUCCCCUUUGCGAGGUCUCUCCAGGGCGGCGAGGGCACGGCCAUCUGCAUUCCCGGGUGGCAAAACUCAUUCCAGGGGUUCAACCUCAUGAGGCUGAGACGGGAUGUCGGAGAACGCAACGACUAUGUCGUCGAGCUCACAGGCUGGGACUGCGAGACAGGCAGGCCGACCGAGGGGUCUGCCCAAAACUGCGGGCUGGACGCUGCGUCAGCCGUCAAGAGGGACGACGACCUCGGCGGCGAGAGCCUAACCCAAGACGAUUUCUUCAGCGACAUGACCCCAGCCGGAGAAAACGCCCUGAUGAUGUUCCUCGGCGACGUGAACCCAGGCUCAUACACCUUCCACCUAACCCUCCGCACCGGCACCCUCACAUCCCUCCACGCCAUCUCCGGCGACGGCACCGAAAUCGAGACCUCUGUCACCGGCGGCAGCACCGAAGGCACCAGCCUCCAAGCCAGCCCCGCCAACCCCUACACCAUCACCCUCCGCGUGACAGAGCUCGCGUAUGACGUGUCGCUGUGGGCGCUGACGAUGGAGGAGCGCGUGGAGGUGGGGUAUAAUCUGACGUAUGCGGCUGCGGGAACGUCGGGGGCGGGGCCGGGGCGCGUCCAGUUUGUUGGGGGUGGACUUGGAGGGGGUAUUCCGAGCCGGGCGCCCCUUUUGGAGUUGGGGUUGAGUCUUUGA